CGACCACGCAGUCCCUGGAGCCGCUUCGACCCCUAUGACUCUGCAGAGGUGGGCAGUAGAGAGACUGGAGGGAGGAUGGAUUUCUCGUCUGCUAAAUGUAAUGCUAUUUUGCUUAUUUUCUGUGGUGCAGGACCAGGACAAGGAGUAUGUGGGCUUUGCAACUCUGCCAAACCAGGUACACAGGAAGUCAGUGAAGAAAGGCUUUGCCUUCACUCUCUUGGUUGCAGGAGAGUCUGGUCUGGGUAAAUCUACGCUGGUCAACAGUCUGUUCAUUACAGACCUCUACAAGGAUAGGAAGGUGCUGAAUGCAGAAGAGCGGAUAACUCAGACAGUGGACAUCGUCAAGCACAGCAUGGGUAUUGAAGAGAAGGGGGUGAAACUCAGACUCACCAUCGUAGACACCCCAGGUUUCGGAGAUGCUGUGAACAACACGGAGAGCUGGAAGGAAAUAGAAGAAUACAUAGACCAACAGUUUGAGCAGUACUUCAGAGACGAGAGCGGCUUGAACAGGAAGAACAUCCAGGACAACAGAGUCCACUGCUGCCUGUACUUCAUCUCUCCCUUUGGCCACGGGCUCAGGCCUCUGGAUGUGGAGUGUAUGAGGGCUCUGCAUGAGAAGGUCAACAUCGUCCCCAUUCUGGCUAAAGCAGACAGUCUGACACCAGCAGAGGUCCACAAGAAGAAGAUGAAGAUCCGAGAGGAGAUUGAACACUUUGGGAUUAAUAUCUACCAGUUCCCAGAGUGUGACUCUGAUGAGGACGAGGACCUCAAACUGCAGGACCAGCUGCUCAAGGACAGUAUUCCGUUCGCAGUAAUAGGCAGUAACCUGCAGGUGGAGAGUCAAGGCCGAAAGUUCAGAGGCCGUCUCUAUCCCUGGGGAGUGGUAGAUGUGGAGAACCCAGCUCACUCCGACUUCCUGAUGCUGAGGAACAUGCUGGUGAGGACACACAUGCAGGACCUGAAGGACGUGACGAGGGAGACGCAUUACGAGAACUACAGAGCCCAGUGCAUCCAGAACAUGACCCGCAUGGUGGUUCAGGAGAGGAAGCGCAGUCUGCGGGACAGGAUUCAGAGAGAGAGCGCGGUUGACUUCCCCCUUCCUCUGGUUCCUGUUGACAGUGAGACUGAGAAGCUCAUCCUGGAGAAAGAUGAAGAGUUGAGGAGGAUGCAGGAGGUGCUGGAGAGGAUUCAGGAGCAGAUGCAGCACGGGCAGAGAGAAGGCUCCUGAUUUACCCAGGAUUCCCUGAGCUUCUCCUGCGCCCCGGGGGCCCCAGCCAUCUACAUGACGCUUUCCUUUCCCCCCCACAUCCCCCCACGAUGCUCCUUCCUUUGUUUCACCAGAAUAGUUGAAGACCCCAGAAGGUCAUUCCUCUCCACGGACGCUUGGUUGUCCCUCCUCUGGGACCGUGGCACCUCAGCUGACAUGCAAUAAAGACAUGAUCUGUACUGGGCUGUACCUGCUGUUCUCACUGGCCCUAACGGGAUGGCAGCGUUUGUAGCCUCCAUCAACGUGGAGGACAGCACUGUCGGCUCUUUUGGGCUUCUAAAAAGAGAGGGGUGAGGAGACUAAAUUGAACACGGCCAAUGUUGUAAAUGUAAUAAGAUUUAUUAAGAAUCUUCAUAGUUAUUUCAUCAGCAUACUUUUCUCAUUAGUAUUCUUUUUUUCCAUUAUUGUUGUUAUUUUAAACAUAGUGGACAGUUAGAUCUAAAAGGCAGCCCAAAAUGUACAGGCGAUAUAUAACUUAAACUUUCUCCAUAGGGAAAACAUCUGUUUUUAUAUUCAUAUAUAAUAUCAAUGUAGCAAUGAGGUCCAUAAUCCCACCCACACCAUACAAUAUUGUACAUGGUCCCAGAAAUAAAGAA